AUGUUUUUGGUCUUGCUGAGCAAUGUCCACUCCGAACCCGCUACAGCCACUGAGGCGCGGAGAUCGCAAACCUUCCGUGUGCAGUUCCGUACUUCGGAGAUGGCGGAGACGUUUGCUCGCAACAUGACGUACUUCUUAGUUCUGCACGUCAGUUGCAAAUGGGAGCUCGCAAUCUACGAAGUGGAGCCAUUUUGGCCUGAUGCCCAUGCUCUGCCUGCCGAGGAGAAGUCCGAAUGUUGCACACCACCUGCAACCCAAAGGAAAUUGGAGAUGCAAGAGCAAGAGCUGUCCUCUUCCCAACGUUCUCCCGGGCUACCCAAGAUGGAAGAUGUUCACUUUGGCUUAAUUCCAGGAUUCAGAAAGGACAUAGCUCAGACAGUCAAGGAGAGGUUGCAAACCUUGACCGAAGAUGAACGCAGCCAUCGAGCUGUCAGCGCGGACAUCUCAUUUGACCUCAGGCGCUGCUUGCCCGUGCCCUCUAUGGAAGCCGUCAAAAGUUUGAGUGAGGCCAAUGGCUUGCAUGACGAAGCUGUAGCUUGGUGCUUCUACUCCAACAUUGCUUUCCUGGAGCAUCAUGGCCGGCGCGUCGGGCACGUCGCAACCUGUGUGAUUUCAAGUCUCGCGUUUGAAAGCAAUGAAGCCGGGCGGGAGCCCUGGCGCGGAGCUUUCCCAGUGCAGUUCAGAAACGCCCAGGAUGCAGAAAGAUUCGCUCGCUUCCGCGUCUGUCUUUUGGUGCUGCACGUCAGCGUAAGAUGGCAAGUCGCUAUCUUUGAGGUGGAGCCUUUUUGCCUGCCAGAUGCAGCCGACCCGACACCGCCUCCCGCCUCUGGUCGCCAUGAGCUGUCGCCCGAUCCAAGCUCUUCGCAGCGCUCUCCUGGCGUGCCUAAGAUGGAAGACUCGCACUUCGGCCUACGCUUCCAAGAUUCUGCUGCGGCAUCUGAAAAAUGGCUUGCCAACAACCAGCACUCUGACUACGUGCAGCGCUCCAUGGAUGCCUUGAAGUCGGCUACUAAUGCAGAAGAGAUCCGUCAGUGUCUUUUCUGCCCAGGCUUUGCUGCAGGGAUGGGCACGGCCCGAGACAUAGCUUCGACUGUAAAGAAGGCUUUGCACAAAGCAGCAGACGAAGAGCGUGGCCACAGAGUUGUCAGCAGUGACAUAUCCUUUGAUCUGCGGCGUUGUCUGCCGGUGCUGUUCAUGGAGGCUGUCAAGAGCCUCAGCAGAGGCAAUGGGCUGCAUGAUGAAGCAGUGGCUUGGUGUUUUUACGCCAACAUCGCUUUCUUAGAGCACCAUGGCCGACGUGUUGGUCACCAAGAAGGAGAACACACAGAGGCGCCCAACAUUCCGGUGUUGGUGGGCGGGGCGCCUUCCUCCAGGAAGACAUGCUUGAUAGCCAUGACGACCGACUUCAUGUUGGAUGCAUCCGGAGCCCCGCAGACAAUGGCAAAGCGAGAGUGCAUCCUCGCGGAUGCCACGGUUGCAGGCAUUAGAGCAGCCAUUUACAACUACAACAGAGCUGCCGUGAUUGCCGAUGAAGCGUCCAAUGUCUAUGAGACCCCUUGGUCGGAGAAAGGGUCGGGUGGCAUCCACUACUUGAGCAAGCCCAAAAUGAACACCUACGUGCUCAGUGAAGCUGAUGAUCAAGCCACGGGGAAAGGUCAAGUACACCUCGGCUCCACUCAUCACCCUUACCUGUUUCUCCACAAGGUGGCAGGCCAAACUGAGAUUCUUGAGUUCAUUGCGCAGCCAGUGACCCAUGGCUUCAACAAGCGGUUCAACUUGGUGUUUGCGCCAGAGCAUGCCCCAGAGUCAUCCGAAGUUCACACAGGCACUGCCAAGAGUUUCUUUGCACAGCUGCAUGCUUGGAUGUAUAAGAAUGCUUGGACCAAGGAAGGGCAUCACUACCUGGAUGGCUAUGCUUUGACGUGCUACAGAAGUAUCAAGAAGGCAGUGGAGGAGUUCGUGCAAGAGAAAGGCAUCUUUCUCACCAAGGAUGCCCAAAGGAAAGUCCGAUUCUGGUCCACCGAUGUCUUGCGCCUAGCCCAUGCGAACAUGCGCAUUUGCCAGUUCUCUGUGGCGCAGUUUGGGAGCUCGAACAUGGCCGCGGCAGAGGCAGUCAGGACCCAGCCAAAGGUCUACGAGUUCAUCUUGGCAGUGAACAUGUGGCUCCGGCAGCUGCACGUGCACAUCAGCUUCUACAAGUGGUUCCGGCAAAUGACAAACAGCACGUCCAACGCUUCCAGUAGGGAGCUUACUGCUGCCAUGGAAAGAGCUGAUGAUGGAGAUGAGUUGAGUCGGCUCAAGCUUGAUCUGUCAGUAGAGGAUCGGCUGAAGCAUGAGAUUCUGGUGCAUGAGAAAGCUUUGGUAGGAGCGAAGCUUGCCAGCGACCAGCUCCGCCUGUGGCUCCGCAACCAGAAUUGGUUCAAGAAGAAUCGCGUCACCGCAGAUCAGAUCAAAGCCGCCUUGGCUGACUUGCAAAAGGUGGGCCUUUUGGAUGUUGAAAUGGACCCUGAAGCUGCCGCCUCGCCGCCUGUCUCUGGUGCUGAGGCCAAGUCCAAAGCCAAGUCCAAAGCCAAAGGCCCCAAGCCAGUAGUGUACGUCAAGCGCUCUGCCCGGGAGAUUGUGGACAAUGCGGAGGCAGAGGCUGUUGGAGCUCAGCCAGCAAAUACGGACUGCGUUGCAGGCGAUGGCAGCAGUGCACGUGAUGCAGCUGUGCAUGGCGAAGCAGAGGUUGUUUCAGCGAGUUCAUGGCGAGCUGGGCUGUCGCAUGCAGCAUGGCCCGCGAGCUUUGUCCGUGCUGGAACGACAUCAUUGUUGGGUGUCACCUGCGAUUUGGGUACAUCCAAGGAGAAAUGCGACACAGCAGCCUCGUUUGUGCUGGCAUGCUGUCGUUUGUGCUGGCAUGCUGGCGUUUGGCGGGUAGCAGACCGUGCAGCAGCCUUGCGGCCAACCAGGGCACAGAAUGAUACCAGACAUGAGGAGUGGGCAACAGAGUAUGCUUUCUUGGUGGCAGGAGCGGGCGAGAUGGAAGGAACUUUGGUCCUGCAGGCUUGGCUGGAGAAGUGGUGGGAAGCAGGGGCUUGGUUCUACCGUUUGUUCGAGCUUCCGGCGGGAGGGUUUCUCAGAGCUUCCGAAGACGAGGAGUUUGGCACUGAUGGUGAUGCCUCCAAUGUUCAAGAGCAGCUGCUUCACGUGCGGGAACUACAUGCCACAUCAGCAGCGUUCGCUGCUAUCCUGCGAGAUGGCCACAUAGUUGCCUGGGGAGAUGCCAAUUGCGGGGGCGACAGCUCCCACAUUCACGGCGAGCGGCUCGAUUUCCUCUUUUUUGGUUUGACGCUUGACUUGACCAUGGAAAUGUCCAUGACCGAAGCUUUCACAGCUAAGCUCGCCACUGUGAAGAAAGAACACCGGCUGUAUGUUGGAUCGCACCACAUGGAAGUGAUCAAAGAGUCGUGCAUCCAGCUUGCACCCCUUGUGACCUGCAAGUAUCAGCUCCGCGUACUGAAGCAGGUACAAGUUUUGACUUCUUUUGCCAGGUGCUACCUUGAACAUGAAGGAGAAGACCGCCCACAGCUGCAUGUCGAGAUGUUGAAUGUGGAUUCCAGCAAUGGAGGGGUCGAUCUUUGCAGCCGCAUCUCGCAGAGCUUCAGCCAGAACAUCUUGAAUUUUACGGUUGGACGCAAGCAGGCCCUCCUGGAGGAUUUGAAUGCUUCCGUGUCCAUCAUCGACAGUGGCUUGAAAGAUGAUGCGCGCGGUGCGUUUUCUUCGCAUGGCAAUUUUGCAUGGCUGUUUUCCCAAUGCCUGGCCAUCUUGGAAAACCACCGAGAUAUGCUGAAAGGCAUUUUGGCGGUUCCAGCACGUUUGGAGAUCUCAGAGAAGGACUUCAAGGAGCUGUCCAAGAUGUAUAUCAAACGUGUCAGAUUCCCCUCCAAGGUCUAUGACGAGUUCACAGAUUCCCCAAAGUACCUAGAUCAGCAGCUGGCCAUGGAAGCUAACCUGAUGAGUGCGUCAUGGACCAAAGCUACACUGCAAUCAGAAGACAUGAUCGUGCUCACAUCGGACAAUCGGAAGAAGAACCGCAAGCAUGUGCGCGUGACCUGUCCCAGUGCAGAAGCAGAGGCCGAGGAGAUUUUGGUCAUCAAGGAUGGCCAGAUGGCUUUCACGGCCGCGCCAGAGCCAUCGCACCUUGAGGUUGCAAGACCAGCACCGGUUUGGAACCACACGGCGUGGAGCCUGUGGAAUCCAGACUUGCAGCUGAAUUACUUUUUGCAAAGUAGCGACGAAGACAUCAAAAGGACCACCAACAUAGGGCCGAGACAACACAGAGCCAUGGAAGCGAUGUUUGGCGUCCUGUAUGAUGUUGAUCUGAACCGUCACACAUGGCCCGCUGAGAUUCCGAUGGCCGCCCGAAGCACUGCGUGGCACGUCCCGGUAUCCAUGUGGAUGCUGCCCGCAGACCAGCGGAUGGAAGUCUUCAUGUGCAGACCUGUGUGGCCGGGAGCCCGUUUGCACCGCUCGGCUUGGGUCCCAUACACUGCCAGAAUGCUGCCCCAAGCCAUGUGGAAUGCCCAAGCCGCUUCCUGGACACAGCUGCUUCAGACUGAGCACAAGGUUGUGUUUCCAGCAGCUCUGGCCAUGUGCGUCCACGCCGUGCUGGACAGUUUGGAAGCAAAUAGUGCUGAUGUGGAAUGGAUGCCGGGGCAGCCCCGAAACAUCAAAAACAAUUGGCGCCGCCGCGCCAAUGGUGUCCUGCGUGCGGUGGUGCGGUUGAACUGGAGCACAUUCAUGCGAGAACCUCCUUUGUUGCCUUGGGUGACAUUCAAAGUGAGCACCUGUCAAGCCUUCCUCCGGGAGCCCAUGGUCAAAGUCCUCGCUCUUUGCAGGCGUGUCUGGCACCAGAACAUGCUGUAUCAGAUGUUUGCGGAGCCCAUCCUGAGCCACGUGGUUGGCGUUGUGGGGCAAAGCACAAAAGCUGGGACUCGCAUCUGGGGAGAUUUUCGAACACUGAAAAAUGUGCCAGGGUUACGCUUUUGCCCGUGCUGGGCCGCCAGCCUGUCCAAUGAAAUCCUCGUGCAGAAUUACCAGAACCUGUGGUGGGACGAGUUUCGAAACUCACAACAGACUGUUUCCCAGUUCUGGCAAGCAGGCCGCCGCAUUUCUUGCUUGAGUUUCAGCCCUGACGGUCACUCCAUGCUAGUGGAUUUGGGGAACAAAGAGAAUCUUCCCCAGGCAUUGAGAUUUGACAGAGGAUCUACUCUGUACAUGGUGGUGUUCGCAAGCGUGCAUCAGCUGGCCUUCGAACAAAAGUGUUUCAGUGAAGCCAUGCGAAUGAUGGAGCAGUCGGGCGUGAGCCCAGAUACCCUGAAGCAACUUCUAGGCUCGGACAGGCAAAACAUCAGGAAUCCUUUCCAAACUUGGUUCCCGCACGGCGUGCUGCCUGCGGUCUCCACACAGUUAGACCAAGAACAGCAAGACCUGGUGAGACAAAUUGUGCAAGAGCCCGGUUGCGUACAUUCCAUUUGGUCUCCUCCUGGUGGUGGAAAAAGCUUUGUGCUAGCAGCCCUUCUUGCCUCUUGGGCGCCUCAAGCUGCUGCCAACGCUUUAGCAUUCUAUGUCACGAACAGAAAAAAGCACCGAGAACCCAUGUUGCGGCAGCUGCGGCGUGCGUUGCAACCUGACCAAGUGUACGUGCUGGCUGGUCAGAUAGAGGAUCCUGACACUGAUGUCCACAUACAAGCACACUUGGAAGCAGCUUCCAAAGAACAGCUGGCUGAGGUCCUCCACCGCCUCGGCCAAAUGCAACAGCUGCAACAGGUCAAGGUGCUGGUGAUGACUGCGGACAUGGCUAGAAAAAUGUUGGGCAACAGAAGCAUCUGGGCGCGCAACCGCGCACUAGAAAUUCUCAUCCAUGAUGAGAUCGAAAACACCACUUGGCCGCAGCUCCUUGCAUUGGCUGGGCAUUUUCGCAUGGUUGUGACUGCUGGUGACACAAACCAACGACUGGAACAGUUUCGUCCUGCAUGCCGUGGCAUGCCUGGGCAAGAUCCUGAGGAAAUCCGCUUCAAUGCAAGCGCUGCUUUGUCCGCAGCACAAGAACAAGCGCUCAACAGAGCCUCGCAGGAAACACCCUUACAUUGGGAAGACAUUCCUGCAAGUGACUUCCUGCUAGCUUUUGCCAGUGUGAAUCACCUGUGUUCUGUACGGCGUUAUGGAGACUCUGUCUGCGCACUGCUGAAUCGUUUGGGCUAUGAUGUCACCCACCGCUCCACGCAUGCAACCCAAUUGACACUCCUCAACUUGUGGGGACAAAUCUGGAAUCCCAUGCAGGGCUCUGGGAUCACAUGCAUCUUUAGCGAGAAGCUUUUCGGAUUGCUCGCGGCUAUUGCUUUGGCUUGGUUGCAGCAAGACAAUGCAAUUACAGUGGGACUGGUGCUGCUGUAUCGCGCCAGCGUGGAUGUGCUGGAGGCGUGGCGCGAGACUUUACCUCAAGAUUGGCAAGAGCGGCUCACAGUGGCCACACCCGAACAAGUGCAAGGAGAUUCCUUCGACAAAGUCGUCUUCUUCUGCAUGCAACGACGAUGGCCACAUGAGAGCAAACCUCAAGGCCACUCUGUCCAUGAGGGGCGAAGAUUGGUAGGCCUCACUCGAAGCAAAGCAGAGCUGUUGGUUCUUGCAGAGUGGCUGCACUACAGUGACUUUCCAAGCACUCAAAGAUUUCAAAAAGAAUUUGGGACGGACGGCCGUGAUAUGAACCAGGCAGACCUACUUGCACAAUUCAGCCGCAGGUUAGGCUUGCAACUGACUGUCCCCGCCAUCUCUUGGACACAGUUGACUCCUGCUGAAAGAGAUCGCCAAGGGAACAUGGCAGCUGUGACCUUCUUGCAGCAGCCGCAGCAAUGGCAACAGAUCUGGAGCAACAUGCAGUGGCAACCGCCGCAACGAGAGGUUCCAGGCAUUCCUAGUGCACUGCCGUCAGAUCAAGCACUUGGAGAGAUUUUGCUUAUCCCAGCCAUGCCGAUGGUCAACAUGGGGCAUACCAGCAUGUUUGUGCCUCUGAAUUUCAUUUCCAAAGCGGGACAAUACACAGGGCACCAUGCGAACCAGCUCACCAAUCAGCUCAUGGAUUUUGUGUGCAGGCAGACAGCCGCAGAGUGCGGGGCUACGCACGAAAUCCGACACCACAAACUCAAGCAUGAGGAGGUCGGUGGAGCCGAGUACUAUACCCAGAGCUGCAACUCCCUGCGCGCGGCGCAUUUGCUCCUAAGCACCAACGACACCACCUUACUCAAGGUGUACCACGGUUGUGGUACUGAACUUCAACGAGGUGACGUCUCGAGCUUAGUGGUGACAACAAGGGACAUGGGCACCCUGGCCGUCUUCUUGCGCAUCCUGAUUCGAAACUAUUGCCCCAACCAGGUGGUUCAGUUCAUCCUUCAGCACAACGAAAUGCAAGCCCACGUGCAGUUGAACCAGCACAUGCAUCAUGCCCUGGAGUGGACCGACUUUGCCCAUGGAGUCUUAGUGGCUUACCUGCUGCCGGUACAGAACCUGGUUGUCUCAGCGCUACUUCUUGAAGCCGCAAGGAUUUGGACGCUCCUCAGAUCGCAUGGAGUGCAGGAGGUAGAGAUGCAAUUCUUGAGGUUGCAGACAGACGAAGAUUUGGAACUGAUCACAUCGUGUGGUCGAAAGGCUGCGGCCAAAGAAGCCGUUGCUAAGCGAUCUGCACA